CGUCUUGAAGCGACACCUCCACACGGGCCGCACACGCCCCAGUCCCGUCGCCAUUGUCCAGCGGUCGACCUCACCUAGUUAUUACUUCUCGUGCUGAGAUUCGAGUAGAGCGGUUUCUGUUCAGCUGUUGAGCUCACUGGAAUGGACCCACACCAGCUUCUUGACGCCCAGUUCAACCGGGCAGUGGAGAUAGUGCAAGCCCUGCCAAAGACAGGGCCAAUACAAACCGGAUACGAAGAGAAGCUGAACAUGUACAGUCUCUACAAGCAAGCCACAAUUGGGAAUGUCACAUCCCCUCGGCCAGGUCUCCUGGAUAUGCUUGGACGCGCAAAGUGGUGUGUUCCAUGCUGCCUUGUUGUCACCGACCGAUAUCACGUGUUAAUCAUUUGUAGGGAUGCUUGGGCAAAGCUCAAGGACAUGAACCCGUACGAGGCAAAGUGGCGCUACGUGGAUGCUCUGCUUAAGGCUUUGAACAAGCAUUCUGACAAGGCGACCGCCCAAGGCCUCGUUAAUGACCUGCAAUCGUACGGUCCUGCUUAUAAUACUGGUCACUCAUCAACCAGGUCCCCAUCACCGGGGUCCGACUCAUCUGGCUCUAGCGCUGCCGCUGAGAGUCCCCGCUCACUCCCUGCAUUCGUAUCCCGUCCGCCAGAAAUACCUGGUAGCCUUCCGCAUAUUGACGACGACGCCGAGGGUAGCUCUGACGAUGAUGAGAUUGACAGUAAGGCGCGGGAACUGCCAUCCUUGCGUGAGCACUCAGGUCGCCCUCUUUCCUCUAUUUCCUCGCGAUACCGUACGCCCCUCACGAGCACGCUUACAUCUCCGCCACCGCGUCGUUCCAGCGUACCCGCUGUGCAGCCCCUUCCCCUUUAUGAGACACGAUCAGCCUUCGAUGGUUCUCGUUCAGGACCGAUGACCUCCGCAACGCUACCCCGUUCUGGAAGGCUCCCGACACCCUCUUCCCACGAUCUAAGCCCGCAGGCGCACCCUCCGCUACCGCAUUAUAAGGGUCAGCCUCUGCUCACACUACCUGGUCACUACAGCGUGGAUUCACGACCACCAUCACAUGCUGAAAUGUCUCUCGAGGUAGCCGUCGAGAAUGUUCAAGCGCAUGUGGCGGCAUUAUCAGAGCGUCUUGAUUCUAUUGAGGCAUCAAUAACGCGACCUCCUCCGCGGACAUCGAAUUCCAUGCUGCCAUCCUUGAGCAGAUCGGGGAGCGGAAGCCCCACAAAACAACAAGUGGAACCGUUGGAAUGGGACGUCGAGGACAUGGGUCUGUGGGCGCAUGUGCUGAGGCCAGCAUUGUGGGGUGUCGAAGUUUUACAACGGCUCCUCAACUUCUUUUUGCACAGUGAAAAUCAGUCACCAGUCCUCGUGAUCGUCCGGCGCUUGUGCUUAGACAUAUCAUUCAUAUUGACAGUCCUCGGACUGCUCAAGCUAGCGUGGAGAAAGUCGCGGGCGCGGAGGCGAGAGAUAAGUAUAGCCUUGGGCAUCUUAUGGGCUGCCUUACUGGGGAGUAAUCGCCAUUUGAUACAACAUGCGGCUUAGCGUGCUUGCGUUACUGGCUUACAAUGGUUCUCGCUAAGUAUAUACCUGACUUGUGUACUCAGUUUUAAUGCUUAUUGAC